AUGGCACCGGCGCAUUCGCCCUCCAUGAUCGGCGAGUCGCCGGAGGAAGCACCGGCGGGCGCCCCGGAAUUCGAGAGCGCUUCUAUCGCCGCUCCCCCGCUGGAGGACGCGCCAGCCAUGGCGCCGGCAUUUGCUCCGUUCGGGAUCAGCGAGGCGCCGGAGGCGGCCCCCGCCGGCGCCCCGGAGGCCGAGGCUUUGGGCCCGUCCUCAGAGGACAUGGCCGCCGCCCCAUCCUCCGAAGACUACGACGUGUUGGAAGAGGAGGUCCUCGCGCCUGAAGGGGCGGCCGGCAGUGGGGGCGCGUCGACCGGCCCGGAAACCGAGGAAAACCCGGACAAGGCGGCCGUCUCCAAGACCCCAGCGGCGGCUCCAGGCCCGUCGGGCGACGACGCCGACAGCGGAGCGACGAUUGUUCCCACCCGUCGCAGCCUCGUGGCCUCCGUCUUCUUCGCGGCCGUGUUCGCCGUGGCUGCUUCCUGA